CUGCGGCUUUGACGGCAUGGUGCAGUUCUUCCGGUCACCCCGACCUGCAGGCCGUGUUGUCCGGAGCUUCCGGUAUUGCACAAGCGGGAGCAUUUCGAUUCGAGGUGGUUUCUGGGUUCUUCCGCAAUUGUGUGGCCGUUGGGCUCAAGUCUGGAUGGAAUACGAAAUUUGUGCUGAUUGACAUUGACAUCGACUGCGAAAGUGCAGCUUGGAUGCCGGCUGUCUCAAAUUUGCAGGCCGAGUCCACCCCAAUGAUUGGAGUGGAGGGUGAUUACGUGGCUCCGGCAGCGCGUGACACCUACUUCGAGAAUGAGCCCAAUCUCAUCGCCCCCUUUGACUUCGACUACGACUUAAUUGUCGACUUCACCGCAAAGCUGAGAAUGGCGCAGAUGGCCCUCUUGCCGCCCCUGUGGAUUUCUUGCUGUUGCUGCUAUCCAUGCUUCUUGCAGAAGAAUGUGGAAUGGGACACACGAUCUCAGCACGUGGCCUUGACCAUUGAUGGCAUCCGGUAUGUGAAGGAAAGAAGGAAGACCUGUUGUGGACUGCCUUGUACUGACAAGGGCAGGGAAAGCAAGACGGUUCCCUACGACAAGAUUACCGACUGCGACGUGCAGGAGCCAGCUGGAACUGCGUGCUGCUGUUGCAUCGAGAAUGUGCUGUCGAUGGUCCAUAUUGACACUGCCUCCAGCGAGGUGGGUGGUGAGGGUGGCGUGAAGCAUGAGUUGGAGCUUCAUGGUCUUGUAGAUGCACAUGCCUUCAAGCAUUCCGUGUGGGCCAUGAAACGUCGUGUGGCCCCCAGUGGCGCCAAUGUGCCCAUGCAGACUGGACGGCCACUGAGCUCCCCCAGUCAGAUGGAGAUGCACACGGCUCUACUCACGGAGAUCAGAGAUGAACUGAAGCUUUUGAAUCAGAAGAUGGAUAAGAAAUGACAGAAGGCCACAUUUCUGCACUGCAAACCACACUGCUUUCCAGCUUCCGAGAGAUUGGGUCUACCCACAAGACCGUCUACUGACUCAGAGCUCUCAGAGUCUCUUCCAGUGUGUUGCAGGCAGAGUGGUUGUGUAUAUAUCUUUGCCGUUCGAACUUUGCGGCCGUUUGUGGCCUGUGUUUGAAAGCUCAGUUGCAGCAGUUGCUUCCUCAUCAGCCAUUUGGAGUACUUGGCUCAGGCAAGUGGGGGACAAAAACGCGCUACUGGUGGCAAGCUUGAAGCGGGUUGAUUGGCUCAUGUUGGCGACUUUCCUGUUUUCUAGCUGGCACAUUCAAUUGCUACUGGCACGUUGUGGUCUUGCAGAAGCAACACAUGGAGACCAACGUAUUGGGAACGUAAUUGGACAUGUGGUACAGUACAGUACUAUAUUAUGUACCAAUGACUUAGGACUUGUUGGUACCAAUGACAUCCAAUGACACGGGUAUCCUAUGUCAGUGGCGGGUAGUAUAUGUAUGUUGAUAUGCUCGCGCUGCGAUUGUAUCAGAUAUGC